GAGUUGAAUAUACAUUUGCAGGCAUUGGAUAAAGCGAAGGUCGUGCUUCCGCAGUCGCGCCAGCUGCUUGCGUGCAUGGCGAGGGAAUCUGAGUUACACGAGCGCCCGGUCGACGGUGUGAUUUCUAAGCUGGCGAUUCAAUUCAUCGACGAGAAGUUCAUCCGCGGCAGGGUGCUCUCCGCGCAUAUGCAAACAACUGUUAAAUCCGGUGUGGAUGUUGCCGAGGCGUGCGCUGCAGUCUUGGCCGCGGGGCCUGCGACCGAUGCCAAUAAUGCUUUGGCCGUGUGCCGUUGUGUGCUGGCCUUGUUUCGCAGCGCGCCCGCCAUUCAAGGCUGUGCCAAUAAUGGCGUCAACGCCGUUCUGCACACGAGCAAGCAGGAUGAGGAGAAGAAGAAGAAGCAGGACAGCAAGGGUGCCCAGGACGAGGAGGAGUACUUCGGCGUGUUCAACUUGGAGGAGUCCUAUGCCGAGGAGAUCAGCGAAUACUUCAAGUUCGUCGUCGCGCAAGAGACUCGCGUGCCAGAGAUGGAGAAUAUCUGCAGGAAUCUAAGCGCCACAGACAAUGAUUCCAUCAACGAUGCCUUGAGGAAGCCACCAACCCUUGCCAAUUCCUUCAGGGCGGGUGCAACGGAUGAACUUGAGCUGAAGACGUUGGAGACCAUGAAGGCGCGCAGGGACAAAUGCUUACAGGAUGGGGAAGGUACAGACAUUAAAGACUUGGAGCGAUUCUUUGCCACCAUUAAGCUGGAUGUCGGAACCAUGCCGCAGAGGAAGAACGAUCUGCUGCAGAUGCGCGGUGAGAUUCCGACGCUCCUGCAGAACAGGGGGAGGCGCAUCAGGAUGGGCAAGCUUGCGCAGAGCCUGCAG